AUGAAGCAAAAUUCUAAUUCUUUGUCUGUCUUUUACAUUAUUUUUUCUUUUUAAUACUGUUACAGUUCCUGGGUAAUUGUGGCAGUUGGAUUGCUGGUUCUGGUUUUUAUUGCUCUGUUGGCUCAUGUUCUUGUCAAAAGAAAACCACCAAAAGACCCACUAUUUUACGUUUAUGCUGUAUUUGCCUUUACCAGUGUAGUGAAUCUAAUAAUUGGACUGGAACAGGAUGGAAUUAUUGAUGGAUUCAUGACUCAUUAUUUGAGAGAGGGUGAACCAUAUCUGAACACUGCGUACGGCCACGUGAUCUGCUACUGGGAUGGCUCUGCUCAUUAUCUGAUGUAUCUGUUGAUGGUAGCAGCUAUUGCAUGGGAACAAAGCUAUAGAACCAUUGGCCUCUACUGGCUAGGUUCCAUUGUCAUGAGCAUCAUUGUCUUUAUGCCUGGAAACAUUGUAGGCAAAUAUGGAACAAAAGUGUGUCCUGCUUUUUUCUUAAGUAUACCAUAUAUCUGCCUUCCCAUAUGGGCUGGGUUCCGAAUUUAUAACCAACCUUCGGUGACUCACGACACUCCAGUCAAGGUGGUUCAGGAAGUCCAGAAGAAAGGACUCUUAAGACGACCAAUAGAUUUAAUGUUAGCUGCAUACCUCAUUCUAGCAAUGGGGUUUUGCAUAUUUAGAGGCAUGAUUGCUCUGGAUUCUGCUGACCUCUGCCGGCUAUAUAUUCAACUUCACGAGCCUUAUAUAAAAGAUCCUGCUGCCUAUCCUAAGCUUCAGAUGCUGACGUACAUGUUCUACUCUGUGCCAUACUACGUGAUUGCUCUGUAUGGCCUACUGGUGCCUGGCUGUUCCUGGAUGCCUGAUUUAACCCUUAUACAUGCUGGAGGACUAGCUCAGGCUCAGUUUUCCCAUAUCGGUGCUUCUCUUCAUGCUCGAACUCCUUACAUCUACAGAGUCCCUGAAGAAGCAAAACAGUUUUUCCUGAUACUGAACGUAAUGUAUGGGAUUCUUCCCCAACUGCUGGCUUACAGGUGUGUAAACAGGCCAGAGUUUUUUAUGAAACCGAAACAAGAAGAAAAAACAGAAUAGCACAACUGUUUUCAGCUCUUCUUUUUGGCUAUGUAUAUAACUGGGUUGGGAUGUAAUUGAACUGCUCAAUGGGAACCCAAAUGAAGUGUGCAGGAUGUGUAAAGUUGCACAACUGUGUAAAGCUGCACGGUCUGUUUUGUUUAUCCUACUCAAAAAGGGAAAAUAAAGACGACUGCCUUCAGUACCACCUCUCAACAUUUUGACUUUGUGCUGCAGUGGAGCUGCUACUUCCAAUAGCUAUUUUUAAGUAAGCUGCUUUGACAGUUUUAGAAUUACUGCAUGAAGUUAAAUAAUAAUAAUGAUGUCAGUGUUUAGCCUCCACACUGAAGGAUAUCAGUGCUGGCAAUCCCUAUACAGAGCUACUGUAGAAUGCAAAGGUCAACAUUUUGAAGUGUGAAAAAUUAACAUACAUA